CUUCCCAUUCAGUGUACCCUCCAACUUUUCUCCUCAUCAAUCAUCAUCAUCAUCUCUCUCUCUCUCUCUUUGUGCAUUUUCCCUCCUAUUUAUUUCCUCUUUCUUCUGAAUAAUCAAUCAUGUUAUACGUGCUGUCUCUUUCUUAAGUCUAUAAUGGGUUGCAACUGGUAAAGAGAAGAGUUACAUGUGUUUGAAAGUUGCAACCGCAAAUUAGAAGGGUUCGUAAAUACUGGUGCCUAAUUCAACUGCUCUGAGUUUCUAACUUUAAAUGAAUAGUUCCUCUGUUCCCUAUGGAGAAACUCAACUUUGUUAAGAAUGGCGUGCUGAGAUUGCCACCUGGCUUUCGGUUUCAUCCGACCGAUGAAGAGCUGGUUGUUCAGUACUUGAAGCGCAAGGCCCUGUCCUGCCCUCUCCCUGCAUCCAUAAUCCCAGAGGUUGAUGUCUGCAAGUCUGACCCUUGGGAUUUGCCAGGUGAUUUGGAGAGAGAGAGGUACUUCUUUAGCAAAAGGGAAGUGAAGUAUCGAAAUGGAAACCGAUCCAACAGAGCAACUGGUUCAGGAUAUUGGAAGGCAACUGGGGUAGACAAACAAAUAGUGGCAUGUAGAAGCCGCCUAGGAGUAGGAGGAGUUGGUGGUGUGAAGAAGACACUGGUGUUUUACAGAGGAAAGCCACCGAAUGGGAUCAGAACUGACUGGGUCAUGCAUGAGUAUCGCCUCGUUAAUGUCGUCGAAGCCGCCGCCCCAAUAUCUCCGCUGCAAAACAAAUCGGCCCAGGAAAAUUGGGUUCUCUGCCGCAUAUUCUUGAAGAGGAGAAGUGGGAAAUCUUCCGAGGAUGAGGUAACAGAGUCAUCCCUCCUGAAUUGCACAGCUGCUGCUCCUCCUCCUCUGGGGGGGAAAAUGAAUGGGGUGGUUGUUUUCUAUGACUUCUUGGGCAAGGAUACAAGGGAAUUGAAUCCGGGGGCAACAAUCUCCUCGUCUUCGGGGCGCAGUGGAAUCACUGAGAUUUCCUGUAAUGAAGCGGAGGAUAUGGAAGAAAGUAGCAGUUGCACUAGUCUUGGCCCUUUUAAAAGGAAUCAAUAAUAUGUUACUAGCAGCAAGUAGCAUGCUAGAAAAGAAAAAGCCCAGAGAAAGAAUUCAUCAGCCUCGAAAAUUCCGCAGGUCAGUUUAGAUAACCGAUUUGAUUCAGAGCCUGUAAUUUCGGCUAAAUCAGCUUCGCCUCUCUUUCCCUGCGGACUAGUUGUAGAAGAAAGAAGAAGCACUGCGCAGUAGUUAAAGUAGAAAAGAAGAGGCAGGGACAGGGAGUGGAAACUUCCUUGCUCGUAGGCCGUAGCCCCUUACUCGUUACUUAGUAUUACACUAGAUUAGAAGAUGAAAAAUUUCGAAGUGGAAUUUCCCCAUCCAGGACGGCUGACGUUUGACCUUUUUGAGUUAAAAAUCCAGUGGAGUAGCAGUAAAUUCGUAACCCCACUUCAAUGUAACUGUUCAAGAAAACUUUCUGCUUUUUUAAAUUUAAUUUUCAAUUUAGGUGCU